AAGAUUCAUUGUUACCGAUGUAGAUACUCGUUUAUUAAUUAUUUUUAUUCAGUUGUUAAAUUAUAAGAUGCUAUCUUGUAAAGUAAUUGCAAAAGAACAUUUCUUACCGAUUUUUUUUUUUUACUCUUUUUUCGGGUGUACCUGUUAGUGACGUAAAGGAGAAGAAAAGAAGCUAUUGGACGAGUCUCUCCAUUGGUGUUCACAAACGCGCCAACUGCUAAUUGAAAGCUGGAGUCGGCAGAGUUCAGUCAGAACUCGACUCGAAGAUGGGUCGAGUCAGCCGCUUCAGAAAUAUUUUCGGUAUAAACGAGUUGUCAGUUUUUAGUCCUCUGUGGAAGGCUCUCUUGGCGGAAUACAUAGGAACCGCUCUUCUAGUUUUAAUCGGUUGUGGAUCUUGUAUCGGAGAUUGGACUCGGGAUUACAAACCUACAGUGGUACAAAUCGCUCUGGCAUUCGGAUUAGCGGUGGGAUGCAUCGUACAUGCUAUAGGUCACGUGAGUGGGGGUCACAUCAAUCCAGCGGUGACGAUGGCUAUGAUGCUGACCGGAAAAUGCUCCGUCAUCAGAUCCGUCUUCUAUAUAAUCUGUCAAUGCCUGGGAGCCGUCACCGGAGCCGGCCUGUUGAAGGCAUUGACACCCACCGCACAGAACGAAGUUUUAGGUACGACUCUAGUCAAUUCCAACUUGACACCAGUUCAAGCGUGGGGCGUGGAAUUCCUCAUCACCUUCGCUCUAGUUUUAACCGUGUUUUCCGUCUGCGAUGCAAACAGGAGAGAUGCCACCGGAUCUCCCGCUCUGACCAUCGGCCUGAUUGUAGUGACGUCACACCUCUUUGCCGUUAACUAUACGGGAUCCAGUAUGAAUUGUGCGAGAUCUCUGGGACCCGCUGUAUUUUCGGGAAUGUGGAAAGAUCACUGGGUGUACUGGAUAGGUCCACUUUCGGGUGGAAUCGUAGGAGGUCUGUUGUACGAUGCUGUAUUUUCUACUUUCCCUCCCUCUCUUCCAAAAAGUGAAGGUGUCGAAGCUUGUUCCAGUAAAAUAUGUACGGAUGAAGACGAAAAAGAAGUUAUCGCCGAUAGAACAACAACAAUUUAGAAAUUUAUUCAAUCUUUUAUCAAAAAUCGAUGGAAAUUGCGGAAGAUUCCUGCUACUUUUCCCUUUUGAUGACUGCAAAUAUUUUAUCGAACGAUAUUAUGUCGGGAAAUUUUUAUCCUUUUGCUGGAAAUUAAUAUCGUAAAUUCUAUAAAACUUCUACCUCUGUUGACGUGUUAUACGUUAUGGGAAAAUUAUGUAAAAAAAUAAAAAAAAAUCUUGCACCAAUAUAUAUAUAACGUAUGUAUUGUGAAUCGAGUAAUUUUAUACACAAGUAGAUGUCUUGUACAUUAUGUAAAGUUAUUUGAAUGUUUUCUGAAUUUAUCACUUUAUCGUGAAUGAAUAUAUUUAGUAAAUCGAAGCGUAAUUUUAUUUAUAAAAUAACAUUUACUGUUAUAUUUAUAAUUAUAAAUGCCGUUUCCAAGGAUUUAACAGGAUCAAUUCUGAAAUUUAUACAAUCGUUUCCAUUCAAAUCUGUGCGUAAGAUGUGUCAAUAUUUAAUUGAAAAGUUAAUAUUUUUGUUGUGGAAUGUUUAAUCCAUUGAAUUAUAAAUGACAUUCCUUUUUUUCCGAAUGAAAACUUACAAAAUGAUGCACGGAAAUGUAUUUUUUAAAAGAAUGAAAUGCGCUUUACGCGUGUAUAACCAUUUAAAUUUCAUAUUACGCUUUAAUAAAAUAUAAUUUAAAGUGCCUUUUGUAAUCUAUAAGCUGUAAUAUUGUUUAAAAAUAUAUUACAAUGAAGCAACAGAUUUGAAAAUAUCCAAUCAAUAAUAAUAAUAAAAAAACACACAAGCAUCUUGUACUAGUCACAAUCAAUAAAUAAAUAGAAAAAAGAAAUGGCUAUUAUAUGGAAUUUU